CUGGCCGUUUGAGACUGCGCGAACUGUCUCACGUUGAUUUGCUGCGUAACCGAGGAUGGGAGUGAGGCAAGAUGAUUCAAUGUCGUAAAAUUUAAGGGGAAAAAAUAAACAAGAAAAAAACUCUUCUAAAUUCUACAACAGGUAUUGAUUGUCAUCGUGUUGGAAGUUUAAACAGUUCGUGUGGAAGGCGGAUUAAUAAAAAGAUUGGAAAUCAAUUCAACCAUGUCUGUUGAAUAUGCAUCUUGUAUCAAAUGUUUCAUCAUUAUAUGCAAUAUCCCCGUCUUAGCUGUAGGAGCAGCCGCUAUUGGACUUGGGAUAUGGGUCCUUCUGGAGAAUGCGAGUGUUUUAGAACUAUCCAGUCUAAAAGAGCUCUCUAUAAUGGACCAAUCUUACCUACUGACUAGUAUAUAUUUAGUGAUUACAGCAGGUGCGGCCAUUCUCGUGUUCGGAAUAGUGGGCAUUGUUGCAGCAAAUUCGCAAAGUGCGUGCUGUCUCGGGUUUUAUGCCGCUGUGCUGUCUCUCAUUCUGUGUGUGGAGGUAGCAGGCUGCACGCUGGGAAUAGUAUUCAAAAACGCGUGGGAUAAACAUUUAGAUGAUGCCAUAUAUAGGAACAUCAGAACUGAAUAUGAUGGAGCUGCAGAUACCCAGGACUAUUUCAGUAGACAUAUGAAUUCAGUUCAGACCUCGCUUUCUUGUUGUGGAUAUGGAAACAAUACUGACUUCAAACAGUCAAACGUUUGGAAUCGUACACUAGAGGAUGGGGGUACAGCGGAAGUACCUAUUUCAUGCUGCUUGCCGCAAAGCAAUUCGUCACUUCCGUCAGUUCAUGGUAAAAUGGACUGCAGGAAGAGCCCAGAUGCAACAAAUUCCUUCGAAAAUCCAUGCAAACCUAGAUUGGAGGAAAUUUACCGGAGAUUUGAGAUAAUAAUAAUUGCAUCUACUGGAAGUUUGGCAUUUUGUCAGCUAAUAAUGCUUGUAUUGGUUUUAACCAUGAUGUGUUUAUUGAUGAAAAAUGAGACAUACUACGACGUCAAGCAGAGUAUGGCGAAUUAACGAGUCGGGAAUUCAAGGGCGAGUCAUAUUUUCCUGGAAGAUAUUUUUUAUACCAACAUGAAGUUCCAUUCCAAUCAAAUCGAUUUGAACUACAAAGACGUAUUAAAGAAAGCUGGAUUUGAAAAAAAAUAAACUUGUUGUAUGUUG